AUGGCGUCUCUAGAUCUUUUAACACCACAUUUGGAUAAAAUCAAAAUACCAACAUCUCAGCAAUUGGUUUACAAAGAUGAAUGUGUAUAUUCGUUCGACAACCCGCGGGAUCCGAAGAAACGGUUCUCCGCUGGCCGACCGCAGGUUGUAGGGGGCCCAAGUAGCGGGUUAGCCACUCGUGAAAGGCUGCCCCGCCGCCUGCGCAUAAUCCUGGAUUGGCUCCAACGUGCCGGUUGGCGACCGGACGAGAGGACCCUGGAAACUAAAUUGGAAAAAAUUAUUUACGCCAGUGUUUACCGGUCGCACAGCGGUGAUGUGGAGACUACUAGGCUCUUCAACUAUCUGAGUGAGUCGAUAGACGAGGCCCAAUUCCGGUUUCCCAGCGCUCAAAUCGUCGUUUUAGGGGACUUUAAUGCUUGCCACAGCGAAUGGUUAUUCCCCUUUUUGAAGACAGAUCACGCUGGGAGAGAGGCAUUUAACUUCGCAACUUCUUAUAACCUCUCCCAGUUGGUCAAAGAGGCAACUCGUAUACCGGACAUUGUAGGCCAUACAGCUAACUGUUUGGAUCUGUUACUUACUACUGACCCAGACCGCUAUACGGUAGAGGUUUCUGCUCCGCUCGGUACCUCCGACCACUGUGUGGUAAAAACUGUCUCAUCUUACUCUCCUCCAGACUUCACAACUAAGGGUAAGAGACGAGUUUGGAGAUACAAAUUAGCGGACUGGGAUGAGAUGCGUAACUUUUUCUCCUCCUAUCCUUGGCGGCAGGUUUGUUUUACUUCCGAUGAUCCCUCAAACUGUGCAGAUAGUGUGACUGAUGUUAUUCGUCAAGGUAUGGAGUUUUUCAUCCCCUUUUAUGACGUUAACAUCGAUUCCAAAGCUCGACCCUGGUUCAAUGCUGAAUGUGCCGCAGCUGAAAAGAGUAAACAAACUGCAUAUCGUGCCUGGGUCGAUGCGCGAAUUCAUAAAGCCUCAGAUUUAGGUGAAAAAAAGAAAGCAUUUAACAAAGCCGCCAAGUCAUGCAAAAAAUCACUCAGAAAGGCAAGGUUCCAACACAUUCGCCGUAUUGGAAACAAACUCUCAUCUUAUCCUGCUGGUAGUAAGGCGUUUUGGUCGCUUGCGAAAGUAGUUGAGUCAAACUUUUCCCGUUCCUCACUCCCACCACUGUUGAGACCAGAUGGAUCACUUGCUCAUACUGCUAAAGAGAAAGCUGACACAUUUGCUACGCUCUUUGCUGAUAAUUCACGUCUUGAUUCCUCGAAUAUGACACCUCCCUCAAUUCCUCACUAUGGCUCAGAUAUGCCUGCUAUACGAAUUAGGCAAAAGGAUGUUUUGAAUGUUAUGCGUGGCCUUGACGUGAACAAAGCAAGUGGACCGGAUGGUAUUCCAGCAGUGGUCCUAAGGGCGUGCGCACCUGAAUUAUCUCCUAUUUUAACGCGCUUAUUUCGGCUGUCUCUUGAAUCAGGAAAAGUUCCUAAGUCCUGGAAGCUUGCAAACGUGCAACCUGUGCCUAAAAAAGGCAGCCGUGCAGACCCCACAAACUAUCGACCGAUAUCGAUAAAAAUAAUUCAAUACACGCUCCAUACUCAGCAAGAUUAUGGAGCGUGUAUUGAAUUAUCGGCUCCUCGCGUACCUUGA